UUGUGGUACAAUGCCAGAGAGAUCCAUACACUUUCACACAAGUUAUUGUCUGGAAACUACAAAAAUGCUUGUUUUUUGGUCCUUUUUUGGUCCCUAAUUUCUUAACUGUUGGUACCAUAACCCCCCUUCCUUUUGUGGUAUUGAACCUUCUCGUAAAAUUUCAUAGACAUCCAUACACUUAAACUAAAGUUAUUGUCCGGAAACCAAAUGUGUCUUCGUACGACGACGCUGAUGACGCCGCCGACGACGAAGACGAAAUGAUAACAUUAUACUAACGCAAAUAAUGUUUUGCGGUCGUGUAAAAAAUAGAUGUCCAGAUCAGUCAACUAUAGGUUUUGGUUUUCACCUUACACUAUCUAAAAACUCAAAUUCCCGAUUAUAUAAUCUGCUUUCAAUUUUUUUACAUUAGUGUCAUGAUGAUUUUUAAAAAGAUACACCAUCAAAAGAACCCCUGUCGAUGUUGCGCUUGGCUUCGCUAAUUUAACCCGGUUAUAAAAAAAAUGUGUUAUUUCAGAGAGAGAGAAAAUAUUCUUCCGACUAUAAUGACUACACUUAGAUGCUAUUGUUCUUAUAACCAUUUCGCGAUGAAUUCGAAUUUUGCAUUAAAAUCAGAAAAGCCUCUUAUUACACAGAAGAAUUAAUCUGAUAGGCCUUAACUAUAAUGUUAGUAUAAUUAUAUUUCAACUUAAACCUCUGUGGUAGUUAUUCCAAUAAACAGAUCCUUACAACAACGGAGUAAGUGUAUGUUUAUAUUUUUGCAAGAGAAUAAUUUGAAAAAUAUACAAAAUUAAUGACGUGUAAACAUAUAAUAUUGUUGAUGUAUUUCUAUUGGGAUUAAUCAUCACUGCGAGAGGGAAAAUCGAUGCACGUGUACUUAAAUAGAUUGAAAACAAUAAAGAAGACACUCAAACUAUCUAUAAAGUGGUAAUUUAUCAUAUUGCAGUGUAAGCUGUUGUAAUAUUUGGUGACAAACGGAUAUGCUGAUUUGAAAUGUAAGAUCGUGCUGACGUGUAAUGCUGAUAUUGAAAACAUGUGUCAAACAUAAACUUAUUUAUAUAUAUAUAUAUAUAUAUAUAUAUAGCAUUCAUAUGUUCGUCAUAUUGUGAAAAUGAUAUUUAUAGUAAACGUUACACUCUCACAGUUGACACCGCUGAAAAACAACAGAUAUUACCGUAGGCAUUUCCUGUUCUAAUGUAGAUGAAUAUUUUCUCCGUAUUUAAUGGAAAUAUUGUAUUUUGUCAGGGACCCAUUAAAAAAUGUGUGGGGAAAGAAUUGAUUUAUAAAUCAAAUAGACGACUUGCUGUGUCCGUGCAAUCAUUAUAAGAUUCAGAUCAUGAUCUAUGUAUUAUGAUGGUGCUGGGAUAAUUGUUUCACUGUGAAUCUACGAUCUAGGGAUAAUAUUUAAUUCCAAAUUAAUUCUGGAUGUUGAAAUAAUCGCCGUAAGUACAAUUAAAAAUACAUUUGCUUUCUUCCAACAUAACAACAUAUAUCAAGAAAUUGCAUAGCACUUUGUUUCCGUGAAACUCAUACGAGUAUCUUUCGGUUAUCAGCAACAUUUCAGAUAGGAAUAAUAAACUGCAGAUUGCUUAUACUGAAUACUAUUGGAAUGGAAUAAUUCACUUUUUAUUCGAGUUACAAUCAACAACCAUUAGAUUAUAAUAUUGUUGUGAAAUGAUACUUGAAAUAUUGGAAACAAUGGCUUCAACCGAAAAAUUACCAAUUUACAUAGAUGCAGUGAAAGUUUCGUCAACAAGUACUUCGUCUGUUGAAAUACUGUGGAGAGCAAAUCCAGAUACUGUGUCAAAUGUGCUAGGCUAUCGUGUUCAUUACCAGAAGAUUUCAAGUUCCUACAUUCAGUAUGGACCCCACCUGUCACCAACUAGCCAUUCUUAUACUGUUCAUAACUUAGUAGCUGACACUUAUUAUAGACUAUGUUUAAUGAUGUUAAGAAACGAUACAGCAACGUUACAAAAAUGUGUUGACGCUUCAACGAGAAGUUGGCAUAUCCCCGUUUCUAUUGGAAGUAGUAUCGGUGCAGUGCUGGCUCUUUCUAUGAUCGUGUUUGUUAUUUUGUUAUUAAGAUGGCCAUCAUCGAUACACUGGAGAGGGAAACAAAAGACCCGAAAAUAUGACAGCAUGUCAUCUCACUUUAAUGAUGAACUGUAUGAUUUCAGUGAGAGCGUAACAAUGACUGCUGGUCAUGACGACAUGUUCUCAGACCAAAGCGAAGGUUAUGUAUUUGAACUUCCAGUUCAUAAUAAUGGGCAUUGUAAUGGGAACGCAAAUUAUGUAAUUGCUGGCGUUCACCGAAAAGGUUCAUCUUCAUCUUCUCACAAACAUUCCGGUCACCAUCACUACGGUCACGUACACUGUACUCAAUCAGGACAUUCCCAUAGUGGAAUUCGUCAUCAUAGUCAUCAGGAGUCUAGCAUUAUGCAGGACCUCAAUCAUAAUCACCAUCAUCAUCGUCAUGAGCAAGGUGAUGCGAUAAUUUCACAUGCUAACGAUGAUCAAGAACAAGAACUUGAUUGUAAUCAAAUUAACGGUAUGCCCCAUGCUCAUACAGAGCCAAUUCUACUGUCAUCGGAAUUUUAUGAAUUUGAAAUGCAAGAUAUGAAAGAAGUCAGUAGUAUGCCGGAGCCAGACGUCAGGCCAUAUUUAGAAACAUCGAUAGACGAUGAUAUUGUGUGAUUUUUUUAUUUGCUCAAACUUAGAAAAUGCUCAUGAAGUAUCCAAAUUUAUUCCACGGAACAGUGUUUUUUCCUAUGGUUUGUAUUUUAUGUGUUUAAUAUAGGAAAUGCUCCUAUAUGUACAGGUCUUAUUUGUAAUAACGUUGUUAACCUUUGUCAUUAUUAAAUCCUUCAAUUGA